AUGGAGGCGGCGCCGGGCUCCGCUCCGCGCUCCGCGCACCCGCGGCGAUGCCCGCCGCCGCCGCGCACCCCUCCCGCGGCGGGGAAGCGGGCACAGCGGCCCCGGCGGCCGCCCCUCACCCCGCUGCUGCCCGCUCCGCUGCCGGCGGAGCUGCGGCGGGAGGGACGCUGGAGGGCGGAGAGGCGAUGGGCAGCGGUCGGUGGCUCCGGCGACUGGGGGAGUCUUAAAUCCGUCUCCUGCUUCAGGAAUCUCAACAGGGAGGAAAAAACCUAUGGCAACGGGUCAAUAACACGCGUGGGACCCGGAGAGCGGAUAAAGCGAAUCACGAGCUGCAGCCUCUUGUGUUCGAGUUACAUCCCUGGGGGUGUGUGGGGUGUUAACCCGCCCAUCACCGUUCCCGCGGACGCCUCGUCUGCCCGUCCCCCGCCCGCCCGCGCGCUCUCCCCGGCAAACGGGUUUUCUGGGGGGCCCGUCUAUGCGCCCCGCCGGACGCUGCCUGUUGACCUGCUCGCAAAAUGGCCUCAGCCCCUUCUCCCGGCAGUUUACAGGAUGAGUGACAGGCUUUUGGGCAACUUAGACAAACUUCUGCUCGAGCUUGUUUUCCAGCUAGAACAAACCUCCUAUGCUAAGGAACAUGUGAAUCAACAGAUAAACUUGUACACCACAAAAAUCGCCGAGAAAAAGAACGAAAUCGCAAGGUUGGAGGAAAGCAUAAAUCUCAGCAAUGAUGCCAUUGCUGACUUGCACAAGCAAAAUGAGAGCAGCAGGGAGAACUACAAUGUCUGGAAGCCCACUUAUGUCAUUCUUAGCAAGCACGAAGAAUAUUUGAAAAAUGAAAUAGAAGCUUUACAAGAAGCUACAGAAAAUGAGAGGAAAAUGUAUCAGGAUACUAUAACCCAAUAUAAAGAGAUUUUGAAGGAACAUCGUGACAAAUACGCAGAAACUCCUCUUGCACAGGAGUAUUACAAAAAAAAGAAAGAAGUUGAAGAAAUCCAGAACAGAGUUUUGAAGCUGUCUGAAAAAUAUAAAUGGAAAGAAGAUUCUUGCUUGGAUACUAUGGAAUCUGUUCCUUUUAAAUGCCUGAAUGACUGGGCUAUACGGAUUGCUUCUCUGAGGCAAAAAACACAGGAGAUGUUAAAGCUUGCUGCAGUUGCCACACAAGAAUCCAUCGAACUACAAAAAGAAGCAGAGGAAUUAGAGAAGAAAAUCAAUUAUUUUAAAAAGACAUUUGAAGAAACUACAGAGGAUGAAAAUAAUUCCAAAAUGAUGGAAGGAAAAAAUCAGAAAAGUCUCGAGAAGCCAAAGGAGUUUAAAGAAAGGGUAUUUGAAGAGAUUGAACAUCCAUCUUUGCUAAAUGACAAACAUCAGCUGUAUAAACCGUUACACGUCCCAUGCAUUCCUCAGAAAUUAGUCCAGUCUAUGCAGAAUGUUAGAUUCUCAAUGCAAGGAACAGAAACAGGGAGACAAGAAAAACCUCUGGAACUUUCAGUGGCCAGUAGCAGUUCUUCUAGCCUUGCAGAAAAUUCAUCACAGAUGAUUGUUGACACUGAAGGUACUGAAAACCCACAGAUUGCCCAGGUUCCAUCAAUAACAAGCUUACAAAACCAAAUGCAAUUCAGGCUGGUAAUUCCUCCAAAGCAGACAAGUUCCAAGCAACAGUUUGAGAGUGACAAUGCACUAACAGCAAACCAAGAGGUCAAAUGUGGUGAUAAAGAAGCAGAAGAUGAGCCAAAGGAUUCUUCGUAUAUACCUCAAGACAUACAUCCACAUUUUAAGCCAAAUGAAGAUAGUCCUGACACAGAGGAAGAAAGUACGGAGCAGAUUUUAAGAGCACCUAAACCACCCGAGUUUGUAGGAACGCCUGACUCAAAGGGGAAGAAAACCCAGUUCUCUAAACCACCUCUAUUUGACUUCAUUCACAAUUUAAGUUGUGAAGAAGGAACAUCAAAAUCUCCCGCUUUCUUCUCGCACAUGAACUUCUCCCAGAAAUCACCUGGCUUUAAUUUAUUUGAUUCAUCUGAUGAGACAGAGGAAAGUUACUCUGUGGGAAACAUGAACCCUCUGUCCCCACACAAAGAUAUUGGAAGCUUGUUUGGGAAAUCAGAAAGCGAGGAUGCGUUUGUCUUUCCCUUCCCCUCGGAAUCAACUUCUCACUCCUUCGGAGAUGGAAAAGAUGACUUUAGUUUUCCAUUUGCAUUUGGACAGGAUCAGAGAUCAUCAGUGUCUCCUCCUGUGAAAGGUUUUCAUUCUUCUUUACAAAAUACAAAGCCAUUUACUUUCUUUUGA